AUGGACGCUCUUGAUUUUUUGGAAGAGAACGAUGAGUAUUUACUCACUGAUAUUGCACCGUACCAAAUGUAUUUGUACAAAAGAAGAAGUGGGCGAGUCGAGCGGAUGAUGCGAAGGCGCCGAAUAGCGAAGCGAAGAAAGAAAGAACGCGCGCGAAAGGUUCGAGAACGACGACAACGGAAGGAACGGAUGCAGUUGAGAAGAGCAAGACUUGAAGUGAAAAAGAAUUUGAAACAAGAAGAAGAACAACAACACUUGACAAAACAAACGAAACAACGACUCUUAAAACAACGAGUUAAACAAGAUUUAUAUGGAACAAGUCAUAAACAUUUGACUCCUCAACAAACCCAAAUAAUGAAAGCUCUUGCGGGGUUUCGACAACUUAGAAUGCUUCAAAAAUUGAAUCGGAAGACAACUGCAGACCAAAUCAAAAUCAGAGAACUUUCGAGAGAACGAGCUGCGUUUAUGGCUACCAUGAAACUCCAAGCACAAAAAGUGCAGAACAAGAUGAACCGACAAAAUGAGAAAAGAAAGAGACAACAGAGACUUAUAAUGAAUACAAACAACGAGCUCGUUGCUCAGAAAUUGUAUGUACAACACAAACUUAAUGCAUCGCUCAAGAGAAAGAUUGCAAUGAAAGACUGGCAACGACGUAAUUUACAACGACAAAAAGCAGAGAACAAACGAAGAGAAGUCGAAAGUGCAAUGAGAAAACAACGAAUGGAAGCCCAACGGAAGAAAGAGGAACUCAUCCGGAAAAACACGGAAAGGCUUAAGAAGUGGCUGAAACAAAAAGAAGACCAACAAAAGGAGAAACAGCGAAAGGAAAUGGAAAACUACUAUAAGUUAAGAAAGUCAAUGGGAGUGAUUCCCGGCCUGGAGAGAAGAAUGAGCGAACAACAGAAACUGAAAAUCAAACAAAUGAAAAACACAAUGUUGAGAGAACAACGAGAGAGUAAAGAACGCAAUGAACGACAAAAUGAUGUGGACGAACAUAAAAAUGAGUUUGAUCGACUGAAAAGUCUUGAAAAUGAGAGGAAAAAGGUUGUUAAAGAACUCGACAGUUCAGCCCAAGACUCAAUCAAAGAGGUGAAGGAGCAAUUCAAUCAGUUGAAGAAAGAAAGAGAGGUGAAUGCCAAAAAGCAGAUUGAGGCGAUUAAAAUGCUCAGUGAUAAGAAACGAGUGUUGUUUGAAAAGUCAAUCAACGAUAUGAUGAACAAAGCAUUGAAUAAGGAACGACUCAACAUCGACCCAAAAGAGUUGUUAAAAAGUGGUGGAAGAGAUUUAGAACUCAUUAAAGUGAUGAGGCUCAAAAAUAAUGUUGUCAACCAACUUGAUGGUUUUAAUAUUUGA